CAAAUGAAUACCAAAAGGAAAUAAAACAUUAGAAGAAACAAGAAACAAGAUGAGAUCUCUCUUGUGCUCACACCACACAUCACCAUUACAAUUUCUCUCAAGAACAAUUCCCAAAGCAAAAACUCAAAAUCCAAAAGCUUUAAUAGCUAGCAACAACAAACUAAGAUAUGAAUCCAUGCUCCGCGCGAGCCCAAAGGGGUUUCAACCUUCUAAAAACUCUGAAAAACCUAGUAAGUCAGACGCGGACCCGGAAGACGACCCGCCAAUACCUCAAGAAGUGUUCGAGAGGAUGAUGGGGAGGAUCGUAGUAUCGGUAGGGGCGCCACUGGGUUUGGGAGUGGCAGUCUUGAAAUUACUUGAUGUUUUGAAGGAUAGAAACGUCUGGGACGUGCCUUUGUGGGUCCCUUUCUUGACCACGCUCGUGACCUUUGGUGCGUCUACUCUUGGGAUCGCUUACGGGAGCUUGUCCACAAACCUGGACCCGACCAAGACUAACUCUCUUUUCGGACUCGAAGAGGCAAAGGAGAACUGGGUAGAGAUGUGGAAAGAAGAUCAGUAAUGUUGAUGUUUUUGCCUCUUGGCACUUGUGAUACAUAUAUUAAUCUAUAACCCCGUUUUGGUUUUAUUCUGAUUUUUUUUUUGUGUGUGUGGAAUACGCUUUGGUACGAAGAGACAAGAACAUGACUACUGUAUUUGAGGAAUUUCAGAUUAUAGUCAAAUCUAAAUUCUUAGAGUCAUCUUCGAUUCUAGCUGUCUUAUCCAAACCGUUGCUGAGAACUUAAUUAAGAGAAUGAUAAUUGAAAACGAUAGUCCAAAUUUCAGUUUUAUUUGGGGUUUUGGCCAUAAUUUUUUUUUUU